AUGGGAGAAUCAGCAAAAGGCCGGACGGGCGCAGCGGAAAGAAAGCACCGGGGUAACUUCGCGCCGAUUCAAAGACAACUUAACCUUGAGCCUUGUGCAUUCUCCGGGACUAUUCCCGUUGAGUUACUUGGCGGUCAAUACGUUCGAAACGGUGGAAAUCCGAGCUUUGGAGACAACGUCCCUGGAGAUUUACAUAUGUUUGAUGGCGAUGGCAUGCUAAGUGGUGUAUUAUUUCGGACAACCGCCCAAGAGUCGGCGAAUGUUGAGCCUUGUUUUGUCAACCGGUACAUAUUGACGGAUAUUUACCUCGCUACAAAGUCGAUGCCCAGUUUGCGUUCAUCCAUAUUGCCAAGUAUCGCAACACUCGUUGACCCAUUUGCCUCGACACUUUCGACAUUCACCCAACUCUGCCGCUUCUUACUUCUCGUUCUGUGGUCCCACUUUAACCACCAUGUGCCGUCCGUACGUAAAAUCAGUGUUGCAAACACAGCCGUUCUUUAUCAUGACAAGAGAGCUUUGGCAACAUGUCAGACUGGGCCACCGUUGAGGAUCCAGCUACCAAACUUGGAUACUGUCGGCUGGUACAAUGGAAAUCCAGCGGAUAACGAACAUACUACUUCGGGUUCUGCAGAUAAUUUCUUCGGUCGCAGUGGACUAUUUGGGUUUUUGAAAGAUUGGACCACUGCCCAUCCACGUGUCGAUCAAAUCACUGGGGAGCUAAUCUCGUUUCAAUCGUCUUUCUUACCUCCAUUUGUCUGGUACUCUCUGAUUCCCAAAUCGGGGGAAGCGAAACCUAAGCCACCAGCACUACAUGCUCCUGUUCCAGGAAUAUCGAGUCCAAAGUUGAUGCAUGACUUCGGCGUCUCCCAAGGCUAUACAAUAAUCUUAGAUCUUCCAAUGUCACUGGACCCCAUCAAUAUGCUAAGAGGGAGACCGAUCAUCCACUACGAUCAGCACUUACUAUCCCGAUUCGGGAUUUUCCCCCGACACGACCUUGCAAGAGUACGAUGGUUCGAAACAGAGCCGUGCUUCAUUUUCCAUACUGCUAGCACUUGGGAUGAAAUUGCACCAAUGUCUGAAGGAGACGACCAGGUUGAAGCCGUGAAUAUGCUUGCAUGUCGUUACAAAAGUGCCGACAUGUUAUAUUCAAUGGGUGGCAUCGCAAAUAGUCCGUCUCCAAUAUUUCCCGAAGAGCAGGGGAGCGACAGUCGACUCUACUACUAUCGAUUCCUACUCUCGGAUACAGACCAGAAUUUAAUCACUCAUCAAUGGGCUUUGUCGGCCAUUCCCUUCGAGAUGCCGAUCGUUUCGCCUUCAUGCACAAUGAAGGCUCCAACUUUCAUAUACGGAUGCUCUUCAAAAGAUGCAAUGUUCGGUGCAAGUACAGGGGAGCCAAUGAAGGUCGAUUGCCUUGUCAAAAUUGAUGUCAAAACGUUGAUUCGGCGAGGAAUUGAGCAAAAGACCGCAGAGGUUGACGGCUGCGUUGACAAUAGAGAUAUCAAAGCGAUAUUUGGAAGUGAUGAUAUUGGGGAUCCAAUCAAAGUGUUCCAAGCCCCGGAAGGGUGGUACGCCCAAGAGCCUCGAUUUGUUUCCCGAGAUGGUGCGACGACUGAAGAUGAUGGGUAUCUCUUGACUUUGAUGUUUGAUGAGUCCCAAUUAAAUGAAGAUGGAAGUACGUCCGAUGAUGCCAGAAGCGAGUUAUGGAUUAUUGAAGCAGGGGAUAUGAAAACUGUGGUGGCGAAGAUCUUUCUUCCACAACGCGUGCCGUACGGGUUUCAUGGCAACUGGUUCACCCGACAGCAAAUCGAGGAGCAAAGGCCAUAUAUCUCUUCUCGCGCAGAAAACUGGCCUGAUUUGUGA